GCUGCUGGAGGAAGCCAUGAGCGGGCAGUACCUGAGCAGCAACUUCUCCCUGCCCUGUCCUCCGGGGCUGGAGAUCCCCGAGGAGCAGCACUACACAAUCACGGCCAACACCCUCAAGACCCUCCUGCUGUUGGGAUGCUUUGCCGUGUUCUGGACUUUCUACUACAUGCUGGAGGUUUGCCUGACCAGGAGGAACGUGGGCCUUGACCUGGCCUGCAACGGCUCCGCCGCCUGCAAGUGGUACCAGCAGGGAGGGAAGCACAGAGCCCUCGAGAGCGGCCUGGAGAUGGAGUCUGUGCCGCUCUACCGGGAGAAGGACAUCGAGGACGUCGAGAUGGAGUGUGAGCACCCGGAGCCUGCCCAGGAGGACGAGGGGGAGGAGGGGUCCUUGACCCCCACCCACCCCAAACUUCCCAACAGCAGCAGAGCUACGAGCUUCCAGGAGCUGGCCCCCGCCGGAGCGGGGUACCUUGGCCGGGAGGCGACGGCCGAGCUCCUCUCGGAGGACAGGGAGCGCCAGACGUGCUAG